AGGAUCUUUUAUACGUUUUUUUUUCAAUGGUGGCUAAACACCGUCCGUCCUCGGAAUCAAUCGGAUUCAGGCCUCGCAGAUAGAAUUGAGGUGUGUCGUUCGACAGAAGUCCGUUUUUCAUGAGAUAGUUUUUUAUUCGUGUUGCCCGCGAGUUUGGCGUGUUGGUUCCAUUGAUUGUCAAAAUGGACCACGAAGACCUCAUGAAGGAACUCCCACAGGUGGAGAAAAUGCCGACGCAGGAGCGACUGAAGCUCGCUCGAAAGCGUCGCGCCCUGCAAAUGGAAAAGUGGCGGGCGCGGGAACGCGAGCUCGCCAAGCGUGAGCGGAAUGCGGCGUCACAGCGCCGCCGUCGCCUCACGUUCGAGCCAAGCGUGACGCUGCUUGAGGCCGCCGCACGGAAUGAUGUCGAGGAAGUGCGUCGUCUCCUCUCUACUGGAGUCGACCCCAACUCGACGAAUGAAGAUGGACUCACAGCGCUUCAUCAGUGUUGUAUAGACGACUCGGGAGAUAUGAUGCGGUUAUUGGUAGAUCAUGGGGCAGACGUGAAUGCCGAAGAUAGUGAACGAUGGACUCCGCUGCAUGCAGCCGCCACCUGCGGACAUCUGCAUUUGGUCGAGUUUCUCGUGUCGCGCGGCGCGAAUUUGCUGGCAGUGAAUGCCGACGGAAACAUGCCUUACGAUAUCUGUGAAGACGACGCAACGCUCGAUUAUAUCGAGUCAGAAAUGGCUAAACGGGGUGUAACUCAGGCAUUGAUCGAAGAAACUCGGGGCUCCACAGAAGCAAAAAUGCUUCGGGAAUUACGGGAACUUCGGACCGCGGGUGGAAACAUGGAGUUCCGGGAUGAACAAGAUGCAACUCCGCUGCAUAUUUCCGCUGCGAAUGGCUACGCAAAGGUGGCACUUUUUCUGCUCGAAGAAUGUCACGUCACAACAGACCCUGCGGAUGUGGACGGCUGGCAGCCUAUCCAUGCGGCUGCUGUCUGGGGUCACAUAGACAUCCUUGAGUUGCUGGUAUUGCAUGGUGCUAAUCUUAAUGCUCGAACUCGCAAUGGUGAAACGCCCGCUGAUAUUUGCGAGGAUCCCGACGUCCGCGAUCGGAUACUCCAACUUCGCAAUGAACAAGAAAGGGAGAUACGGGAGAAGACGCGAGAUCAACGUCUGAGGCGGACGCAAUCAACCAAUACGCGCACUCAGUCUGUGCGCAGUGUAUUGCAGUUGGACCGUCCGUCGUUUGAUGAGCUGGAAAGUUAUAAAAGUCUAAAAGCAUUGAUCGAAGAAACUCGGGGCUCCACAGAAGCAAAAAUGCUUCGGGAAUUACGGGAACUUCGGACCGCGGGUGGAAACAUGGAGUUCCGGGAUGAACAAGAUGCAACUCCGCUGCAUAUUUCCGCUGCGAAUGGCUACGCAAAGGUGGCACUUUUUCUGCUCGAAGAAUGUCACGUCACAACAGACCCUGCGGAUGUGGACGGCUGGCAGCCUAUCCAUGCGGCUGCUGUCUGGGGUCACAUAGACAUCCUUGAGUUGCUGGUAUUGCAUGGUGCUAAUCUUAAUGCUCGAACUCGCAAUGGUGAAACGCCCGCUGAUAUUUGCGAGGAUCCCGACGUCCGCGAUCGGAUACUCCAACUUCGCAAUGAACAAGAAAGGGAGAUACGGGAGAAGACGCGAGAUCAACGUCUGAGGCGGACGCAAUCAACCAAUACGCGCACUCAGUCUGUGCGCAGGAUUUGUUACGAUNCUAUCCAUGCGGCUGCUGUCUGGGGUCACAUAGACAUCCUUGAGUUGCUGGUAUUGCAUGGUGCUAAUCUUAAUGCUCGAACUCGCAAUGGUGAAACGCCCGCUGAUAUUUGCGAGGAUCCCGACGUUCGCGAUCGGAUACUCCAACUUCGCAAUGAACAAGAAAGGGAGAUACGGGAGAAGACUCGAGAUCAACGUCUGAGGCGGACGCAAUCGACCAAUACGCGCACUCAGUCUGUGCGCAGGCAUUCCAUUCGAGAUAAAGCGCAGACGCCGAGGAAAGAAGCCAGAGAGGAAGCAAGAAUUCGACUGCAACAAGCAUUUAACCAGGAAAUGGAAGGCGAUUCUUUGGUGAGACAGCGACCGGAUUUGUUGCCGAGAUCAGAACCAGUUGAGAUGCCGCCGAAGCUCUUCGAUCCCACUGCUCCGAACCACCCACAUUUCCUACCGAGGAACAGUUUUGGAGGUCCGGGAGUCGGUGACACUCUCGACGAUGUUGAUGGCGGAAAAAUGUCGACAGCAUCGUUGCCUGCAAUGCACCUGGGGAAUUCUCAGGCACCUUCCGAUAGUGUAAAUUUGAAUGUACAUGUUACUGUCACUUUGAACUCGAAUGCCAACGGUCCGCAAUCGCCGGUUGGUGUGAACAACAACAACGCCUCUCCCACCGGUUCAACUAAUGGUCCCGGAAACACAGGAACAUUAUCUGACCUCAAGAAGCAGAGAGCGAUUGCCAGGUCUCAGCACAAUAGUGUAUCCGAAACGUCCAACGGUGGAUCUCCUGUUCUGGGGAAUAAAUCACUCCUCUUGGCGGCUCCUAACGGUUCGCCAAAUUCACCCGCAUCGCCAAGUUCACCGCGAAAAUUCGUUGGAGAUCCUUCUGAGGUCAUCGGGUCAUCCUGA